UUUUUGCAACGCUUCGUGACUUGCGGCAACACCACGAGAGUGAGGAUAACUUCGAAGUGGAAGUGGAGACAUUGACGUUUGACACGUAUGCAGAUUUCCUGUCUUGGAAAGAUAAUGUGGAGAGCGAGACUUGCAGCCAUUCUGUUGCUUGUACUGGAAGAAAAGAAAAUUCGCCAGGAGUGUUCAGGCGAUAUCUAAAUUGUCACCGUUCCGGGACAUAUAUAGAACUCCCUACAAAGCUGCGCGAACGUCAGAUUAAAGUGCAAGGCUGCAGCAAAAUAGGCAUACAUUGUUUUGCAAUGCUUGAGGUUACAGAAAGGGAUAACAAAGUCUGUGGUAUUUCAGAAGAACCACUAUGGACACCUGGAUGAGAUAGCUCAUCAGAGGCUCUCUAUGACUGAGAAAAAAGUAAUUACAGGUAAGACUUCAUGCAUGCCAUUCAUUUCCAGUGUCACAAGGUCAGAAUAUAACUGCUGCAUUCUCAAUGACAGAUCAGUAUUGUUUUGUAAAUGCAUUGCAUUAACAUGCUGCUAGCAUUUAGUAUUUAGCUACAUGUACAAGAACAGACAAUAGUAAGGGAAACUGUUUCUGAACUGAAAUGUGGUUGUGUUCUUUUAGUAAAAAAAUUAAAUAAAGGCUAUUUACACUCGGAUGCUAUUUAAAACUGGAUGUCUAGUUAACUCUCUUAGAGAGGCUUGUAAAUGAGAAACGAAUGAAAGGUGAUAUCCAGUGUAGACUAUUUCAUUUAUAGUAAUGAAACAAAAGAACAGCAUAUAUCAUCAGAAUAAGUUUGUAAUAUGUACUAUAGCUUGGAUAGUGUUUCAAAUGGAUGCAAACAUGGUGAAAUUGCCCAUAAAAUAAGUGGACUAACUCGAGAAAAUAAAUUUGUAGGCUGCCUAAAGGCCCUUAUUUAAUAUGUGAAUUAUUGCUUCAUGCCUUUUCUCACCAACUGGUGCAGCAGAAUCCUUCGAAAGAGUCACCAUACUUAUCUGCCUCCCUGUAGACUGCAAUUACUGUUGUCAGCCAUUUGAUUCAUUUUCAAAAUUCAAAUUAUUUGCACACCCUUACUUUAAUGGCUUUACAAAAACCCUGCAGCAAAUAACUUUUCAAAAUGUCUUAUCUCUGCCAAUCACAGAAGCACUACGCAGCGUGCUCUUUCUGGCUCUGUCUAUAUUGUGUUAAAAGACCAUCUGCGAUGCCAUUUGGGCAACUAGCCAAUACCUUCAACAUGGUAGUGGACAUGCUUUCUUUUUAUUACUGUUAUAAAAUAAACACUUAUUUGUUAGUCUGUCAGAUAUCGAAAAACUGAAUAUGCGUGCACUUCAGGUUGAAAACAGGGAUCAUUUUAAUGAUCCAUUUAAUGAACCAAACUGUUCAACGGACAAAGGAUAUUUCAGAACACUGUGAAAAAUACAAUUAUAUUAUUCACAAUGUUAAGUCAGAGGUCUGAUGACCGAACACUGUAGGUCUUAAAAUUGUGUUUUAUUUUUAAAAAAUUUUCAUUGAACAGCUUGGUUAGUGUUAGCUGAGACACACAGUAUAUGGAUGUUUAGAUUAUGACACUAAUUUAACAAGCCUUAUGUCUGUUCCCAUAUGACAUGUAAUUUGUCUAAAUAGCACCGUGGUUAAGGCAUGUCUUGAUACUAUUCUUUGGUUUUUAUAAAGACAGCCCUGUUCAAGCUACAUCAAAUCUACCAGCAAAAGCAUUUUAACAACAAAGUACAUGUUCAGAGCUCGUAUUCGAGAGGUCAGCAGCCUGAAUUACUAAGUUAUUAGGCAGAAAAGUAGUCUAGAUAUUCUGCUGCAUAGCAACAAGCAAAUACAGUAGAGAGGGAGAGAAACUGUUUUUUUUAAUAAUUGGAAGUCCCUGCUGUUAAGAGUCUAGCUGAGUCCCCGGUAUUAAUGAUGAGUCCAUCUGUCUGGACCUAUUGAUGUGUCUGAUGUGGGCAUAGCAGUGGGUGCACCUUAAACUAUGCCCACCAGCAGUGGGCAUAGUGUAAGGUGCAGCUCCUGCCAUGCCCUCCCAGGUGUAGUAAAAAGAGAGUGGGAUGUCUGCGUAAAUUAAAAAACAGAGAUGUGCAGCCUCCUUGGUUGCUAUGAGUUGCUCUUUACAAUUUUCAGGUAGACUAGCAGAAGGAGUGCCACCGAAGACCAUUUUGCAAAAAAUCAAGGCAGGCACAAGUGCAGCUAGCAGUCGGAUAAAACUUGUCACAAGAGAGGACCUUCGGAACAUCCGCGAUAAGUAUAAUAUUGACAAAGCAGAGCGGCGACAUCCUGACGAUUUUACGAGUGUGAAGUUAUGGGUUAAAGAAAUGGAAGAGAAGGAUUUCAACACAGGAAAUGAGCUGAUGAGCCCAGAAAAUGAGCCAAGUAAGGCAGGCAGUGACUCGCCUUUUUUGUAUUACAGGAAAGAGGGUGAUCCGAGCAGUUCUGAAGGCAACUUUGAGCUUGCCUUGAUGACCUUCCCACAGAGAGAACUACUUUGUAAGCUAGGAAUAGAGAAAUUGUGUAUUGACUCUACGCAUGGCACAAAUAGGUACAAGUUUCAGCUGACAACAUUGCUAACCAUCUCGGAAGAUGGCUCUGGUAUUCCAUGUGCCUACUUGAUUUCUAAGAGAGUUAACACUGAAACGAUGGUGAGGUUUUUUGAGGCCAUCAAGGGAAAUGUAGGCGUGAUAGAGUGUAAAGCAUUCAUGUCCGAUGAUGCUCCUGUUUAUGGCAACACAUGGGAGCAAGUGAUGGGUCCCUUAAAGAAUCGGUGGUUGUGUAUCUGGCAUGUGAUGCGCAGCUGGAACGCACACCUCAAUAUGAUUAGUAGCAUCAAGUACAGGAGUGUUACAAGGGAAACCUUGCACGCACUAAUCAAUGCAGAUGAAACAGAAAUAGAUGAGAAAGUAAAAGAAUUUCUUAACCUACCUUCCAAGUUGCACACACAGAAUAACCUUGCUUUCAAAGAUCUAGAGGAUCUCGAAAGCUUUACUAAAUACUUUGAGAAAACUUAUGCUAAGAGAGUACUUCAGUGGGCCUAUUGCUAUAGAAAGCAGGUAGGCUUAAACAAACAAUCACAUUGAAUCAAUGCACAAGACUCUGAAGUACUCCUACUUUGGUGGCCAAGUAAAUGUGCGGCUGGACAAGCUAAUCUAUGUACUUUUUACCUUGACAGCUGACAAACUUUUCAACAGGGCUGUUGCACUUAUAAAAGGCAAUAUCGACCAUCGCAAAUCUGCUAUCUUCAAAAAGCACAAAGCAGGCGU